CCUAGGCAGCGGCUGCGCCCGGGGAGAGGGCGAGCGGGAGGCCUGGCUCCAUCCUCAUCAGCCCGGGCGAGGACCGGCUCAGCCGCGGGGAGCGGGGCUUGACCGGGAGCCGCCACCCAGUGAGGGCAGGGGAGCCACAGCCCAGCCAGGGUCCAUUGCCGGGCGCCCCAUGCCAGGGAGCAGCUUAUUGGGGUCUGCUGGGGGCUUCUGGUGAGGGCGACGAGAGAACGGCCAGAGGAUUUCUAAAGGGCGGCACCAGCAUAGUUCUUUCGUCUCUGGCUUGCGGGGAGGAGCCCGUGCUCAACAUGAGAUUUAAUAAGAUUGGCUAGUUAACGAGAAGGGUCUCCCCCUCUUAUAAAUCCCCUCUUGCGGCUCCCGCGAGAAGCCUCAUGUCAGGCCACCUGUAAUAAUAUGUCGGUCUAAUUAUUUUUGUGGGGGAGAGCACCUGCUGCUGGAGAAAAGAGACUGUGAUCCCCAAAGGAGAUAUAGUCGCAAAAAAACUCCACCCCAGCAAUGACUUUGACCCUCAGGAGCAUCAGGCGACAAUAGCUGAGGCCAAUGUUGUAGUCAGUUUGUCGAAUUGAAGUCAUUUGAGCUGCUGUAAAUCUCUCUCUGGUUGUUUUAAGAGGAGAUUUGUAUUGAAUUCAUACCACUUUUUGGAGCAUCCUUGUCUCUGGGCUGCCAUGCCCCAGUAAAGCUGCAGUUGCUACCUUUUGCAGGGCUUUGUGAGAGAGCCUUGCUUCUCUGUUACCACAUAUAUAUUUUUAAGAGGAUGUUUGUAUUUUUAUGAUUUGUAUAGCUUGUGCAAAAUCCCUUUUUCAGAGAACUUCAAUCACAGUACAAGUGUUAAAGGGAACCACCGGCGAUAGUUACUUGCUCUCGUCAUAAUGUGGACUUUUCUGGGCAUCGCCUCCUUCAUCUAUGUGUAUAAGAAAUGUGGAGACUUGAUGACUUAUGUCAACAAAGAGGUGCUGCUGACUAUGUUGAUGUUUUUCUCUCUUGGUUUGCUCCUGUCUUAUCGGUAUCGUUCUGGGUGGCUAAAACAACAGCAGUGGGGGCAGCAGAAACAGUCCCACUUUGGGAUGCUCUGUAGUGCUCUCUCAGCUUUGCCACUCAUCGGUUUUUUCUGGGCCAAAUCCACCCCUGGAUCUCCACAGGCAGAGCAACCCAAAUCCAGAAAGGGUAAAAGAGGGGUAAACUCAAACACUGUGACAGAGACUGCUACAAAUACAAUAUUAGCUCCUCAGUCUGAUCCAGAGGUUAUCAUCGUGGGUUCAGGUGUACUUGGUUCUGCUUUGGCUGCCGUGCUGUCACGAGACGGAAGAAAUGUGACAGUAGUAGAGAGGGAUCUGAAGGAACCUGACAGGAUAGUUGGAGAAUUGUUACAACCUGGAGGAUAUCAUGCUCUUAAAGAACUGGGUCUUGAAGAUUCAGUGGAAGGUCUUGAUGCUCACAUAGUAAAUGGUUACAUAAUUCAUGAUCUAGAGAGCAAGUCGGAGGUUGAAAUUCCUUAUCCAAACUCUGCAGAUGGUCUGGUGCAGAGUGGAAGAGCAUUUCAUCAUGGGCGCUUCAUCAUGGGUCUCCGAAGGGCAGCCAUGGCAGAACCCAAGGCCCCAAAAACAGAUGAUGGAUGGAAUAGCUCAACCCCCAUCAUUAUUUUGUCCACCAGCACAAAAUUCAUUGAAGGGACUGUGUUACAACUGCUCGAGGAAGAUGACUGUGUGGUGGGUGUUCAGUACAAGGAUAAAGAAACUGGAGAUAUUAAGGAAUUACAUGCACCUCUGACUGUUGUUGCUGAUGGACUUUUCUCCAAGUUUAGGAAAAAAUUGGUUUCCAACAAAGUUUCUGUUUCAUCCCAUUUUGUUGGCUGCAUUUUGAAAGAUUCGCCACAGUUUAAAGCCAAUCAUGCUGAACUUGUUUUAGCUAAUCCUAGUCCAGUCCUUAUCUACCAGAUUUCUUCAAAUGAGACUCGAGUACUUGUUGAUAUUCGAGGGGAAAUGCCAAAAAACAUCAAAGAAUACAUGACUGAGAAAAUUUAUCCACAACUACCUGAGCACCUAAAGGAACCAUUCCUGAUAGCCGUUCAAAAUGAUCGUUUGAGGACCAUGCCAGCAAGCUUCCUACCUCCAUCACCUGUUAACAAACAAGGCGUUCUUCUUUUGGGAGAUGCAUAUAAUAUGAGGCACCCUCUGACAGGUGGAGGAAUGAGUGUUGUUUUGAAUGAUAUUAAAAUAUGGAGAAGCUUGCUCCAGGAUAUUCCAGAUCUUUAUGAGGAUUCUGCUAUUCUUCAGGCAAAAAAGACAUUUUACUGGUCAAGAAAAAAGUCUCAUUCUUUUGUAGUGAAUGUUCUUGCUCAGGCCCUUUAUGAACUGUUUGCUGCCAAAGAUGAUUCCUUGCAUCAGCUAAGGCAAGCAUGUUUCCAUUACUUCAAACUUGGGGGAGAGUGUGUCUCUGGUCCCGUCGGAUUGCUAUCUGUCUUAUCUCCUAAACCAAUGGUACUGAUUGGCCACUUCUUUGCUGUUGCGCUAUAUGCUGUUUAUUUUUGCUUUAAAUCAGAGUCCUGGGUCAUGAAGCCACGCGCAUUUUUCAGUAGCGGUGCUGUACUUUACCGGGCUUGCUCUGUAAUAUUUCCACUCAUUUGCUCUGAAAUGAAGUAUAUAGUCUAUUAAAUAUUAGAGAGAAAUGAAUGGAGGAAGAAUAUGUAAAACUCACCAAGCCUUUACAGUCUUUUGGACAGGUACUGUUCAACACUGUAUGAUGUUCACCUCUGUUUAAAGUGCAACCCCCUGUUCAGGAUUUGGCUUAAUUUUAUUCUUGUGGGUAUAUGUACAUAUGUAAAUAUAUGUUCCUUUACCAUGUAAAUUUAAAAAUGACUUAACUGUUUACAAGGACCAUAAUUAACUGUUAACAUAUGGUAGAAAAGUGCCACUUCUGGCAGAGGACAAUUUCCUUACUUUAUCCAUUGCAUAGAAUGCACCAAUAAUGUUGAUGAUGAUAAUAAAAUGAAGAGUGAACAGUUUAAAUCAUUUGCUGCUGCAUCCUUCAAUGUUUCCAUGGAUUGUUUGUUUUCUUUAUUACUGUGAAAUAUUGUAAGAAAAUUUUCAUUUAUUUCAUUAAAAGUCUUUGCCUCUA